UGGUUUGAUAAAAACGACAAUAUUUACCCAAGCUUCUGAUAAACACCACACAGACCGAGUCGUAAAUUGUGACCAUCAUCGUCGCGACAAAAAGAUAAACUUUCCUUCGGGAUGGGGGAUUGAGAUGAAGUAUCAUGUGUUGGUUAGGGUCUUCUUCAGGACUGAUGAAGAACAUUGCCGUGCCGUUCCGGUAGGCACUAUUGUGUAUUAGGAAUAUUUUAUCAACAAACUUAGACGGAAACGCCCGCGGUGCCUCACACGAACAGACUAGCCUUCAGCGCGGAAUUUACUAUGUCUAUCCAACUGAAUUGGCUGGUCACGCUUUUUCUGCUGACUGUGGGAAUUGUCCAAGGAAGAAUAGUGGCCGACCAUCCCGGGUCAAACUCGUUAACUACCGAAAGCACCGUCCCUAGUUUGGCCACAACCGUCGAAGCACAUGUUCCGGAAACAAUUAUCAACCUUAACAAUACAACGACGACGCAAAUUUCAACGUCCAGCUCGACAGUAACGUCCUCAACAGUAACAACAACGUCGACAACAUCAACAACACCCGAGCCGACAACCUCUACAACCACCACCACAACAACGGAACCAUCAACUUCUUCGACAACAACGACGACAAGUACGACCACCACAACAACCGUCCCAACAACCACAACCACGCUGAUCCCACCGACAAACGAACUGGGCUGUUACAAUGCGGCUCCAGAGUUAUGCCACAGCCGAGUCGGUGACUGCGAGUGCAACCCGGACCCGCUGAACCCCGGUGCCUUGUUCUGCUGCAACGUAACCGACAUCAACCGAGCGAUCGGAUGUGCUCCGAAUGCCCCAGAUGGCAGCAAUACCUGGAAGUAUAUACACCUACGCAACCUAACCGUCCGUGAGCUGGUGCUGAAUGUCUCGAAUCGAUACAUCAAAACACUAAGCUCCCUUUCGAUUACGGAUGGGCGGAUUCAGAAGAUAAGCAGCUCGUUUGCGCGCUUCUCGUCGCCGGUCUGUCUGAACGUGUCCAACAACAACAUCAGUGAAAUUGAAUCGCGCGCCUUCCGCGAGCUGCGUCACCUCACGACGUUGGACAUUUCGCACAACAAUUUGUCCACGAUUCCGUCGACGAUUGGAAAUUUGCGACUGGAUAUUAGGGGAAACAGCGGCAUGCUGUGCAAAUCACUGCUCGAAUCUCUCAAGGAGGGUGACAAGUUUAUCGACCCGGAGGCCACCUUCUGCCUGACGAAUCGCACCUUCAACUGGUUCGACUCCACGGACAGUAUUCCGCUGCAUCAGCUGGUGCUGAGCCAGCGGGUGCAGAACGACUGUCCGAAACGGUGCAGCUGCGAGCUCGAUCGGUUGAAUUUCGAUCUCAACAACACGGAACGAAAGACGAUCACCGCCCGGGUGGACUGCUCCGGGCUCGGACUGGUGGACUUCCCGGAAACGCUUCCACCCGACACGGUGACACUGAAUGUGUCUAAUAAUAACAUCACGAGUCUCAAGGCACUGAUUGGUAAAUCGUACCACUCGCUGGUACGGCUGUAUGCCGACGACAACCAGAUAGCGUCGUUGAGUGACCUGGAGGGGACCGACUUCAUCUCGCGGUUCAGCUUUUUCUCGAUUCGCCGCAACCGGUUGAAGACGAUUCAGACCUAUCAGUUUAAAUCGAACCUAGAUCUAGGCUCGUAUAUGUUCUUAGAAGGUAACCCGAUGACGUGUGACUGCAACGCGGCCAAAAAUCUAAAAAACUGGCUACUAAGUAAGAAGGCUCAGGUGCCCGAUCAUGAUCAGAUAUAUUGCGAAGGGAACACGCAUCUCACCAAAAUGGUACAGAUACAGGAAAGCAAACUGUGCCAAUCGCAGCACGAUUGGACCGACUACAUCUACUAUCUGAUAGCGACGGAAAUUAUUCUGCUAAUAGCGCUUAUUUGUAAGGUUUCGUACGACUAUUGGGUGUUCAAGACGGCCGGCUAUUUACCGUGGCCCGCAAACAAGAUGCCAAAAUUACCCUGCGAUUGUCUGUGCGAGUGAUUUCGCAUUAACAUCACCAGAGUUAUACAAUGUCUCUCUCUACAAUUUGUGCUUGUAAUAGGAUAGAAUAUCGAAAAAGUGUGCCUCUUCAAAACGUGAAUUGGUUGUGAAUGCGAAAUAAGUUUUAAAUGUGCCUUACAUGUCUGUGAUUGUGUAGAAGAAAAUUAUUCGAAAUAUAAUCAAUGUAAGUUUUAUUA